CAGAACUUCAGUUUUCAGGUCAAUGUCAUUUAAAUCUUUGACGAUGCUCUUGUACUUCCACUUUAUGAGAAUAACAAAGUUGCUUAUGGUGACAGUUGCUAAUAAACAGUAGUACUCCGUCACAAAUUCAGUUAUCAGGCAGUAGAGACUCUGUAUGUGAUCAUAUUGAACGAAAUACACCACAAAAAUCACGAUUGCUAUAAAUAUGGCAUUACCAAGGCAGAACUUCAAAAAGAAGUCAUCCAAUAUACGAAUCGACUCGUCAUUUUCUGCUAGCGAUGAGGUGAGAUUAUCGUAUUGCGUCAUCAAGAACUUCCAGCUUCUUCUAUUGAAGUUUGAACCAAGGACCAAAAUUGCUACCAAGAGUACCAACAUCACGAUCUUCAUGGUUAGAAAAUCAGUAUUACAGUAUGAAGGCACGUGCUCACUUACCAGUCCAGCUGAAGCAAGGAAAGCAAUAGCAAGAAAGCUAGGCCAAUUGAAAUCGUUUCCAACAGCAAUCACCCAGUUUGCGGAUCUUAGCAACUGCACCACAGCUCUUCCCAGCAACCACAGCACCUGCCAACCUUGAAUCUUGUUACAACAAUUUACUAAUUCGGACAUCACUUUACAACUGUGACCUGCACUCAUUAUGCGAGUCAAGAUCUUGUCCAAAUGUUCAGCUUUAAGAUCA